AUGACUGUGGGAGGCUGUUUGGCAGCAGCCGCAGCUUGCUGUUGCCUUGCCGUAGUUUCCCCUUUGGCCGCAGCUGCUCAUUUAGGGGAAUCACCCACUUCCAUACCAGCAGAACGGUUUGUAUUUAACUGCUGCUGCAUUUUGGUUGGGGUACUCGGACUCUGUUGCUCCGCAAUGCAUGCAGGAGUAUACGGGUUGCAUGCAGUAAUCAGACCCUCUCUGGCAACCUCAUGGGCUCUUGGGGGCGCCCUAGCAGGGCCCUUUACUGCAAUUUCUGCCCUGAUACUUUUCGGGAGUUUAGGGGUAGACGUUCCAGCAACCUCAACCAGACUAAUCUUUGGGACAUGUGCUGCAUGGCUUAUUCUCUCCUGUUUCCUUCUUGCUGUGGCUUCGCGUUCACAAGAAGCAAAACGAGCUCUUCGUUUGCAGCGUCUACAGAGCAUCCAACACUACCUGCAGCCUCCACAACAAAAACCAGCUGCUAUGCUGUGGCUCGAGUCGCCAACGCCGGAAGCAACAGAGUGGCAGCAACAAGAUCCACAGCUCAUGCUACUGAAACAGACGGAAGAUGUGUUUGAUAGCUUGAAACGCCAGGAAGGACAAUUUUACAAGGAAGCAGUGGCACUGCUGCAGGACGACGGACCAAACCGCAGCGAUAGCGGCAACAACAGUGUACAAGAAUUGGAGGUCUCUCUACAAGGGUCUCUUAACCUGGGCAUCCAUAUAGGUCAUCAAUUUGACUUGUAUGCAGCAGUGUCUCGGCAGUGCAGCAGCAGCUUGUUGUGCUGUUUCCUUCUGUGCCUCAGCACGUACGUGGUAUACCCAAUUAAGGUGCAACGCAUGACCCCAUGUGGCAGUACAAACCCCGCAUUGUAUCAGCUGCUGCUUGUGGCUGCCUACCAUCUAGGAGUCAUUGCUGGACGCUGCACUUACUGUUGCUGCUGCACCCUAAGCUUUAAGCUAGUUCCAGCUGUGCUGCUUCUUCGUCUUAUGCUUCUGCCCCUGCUGUACUGGUUUGAGUCCCUGCCACGAACAGCAAUUGUGCUACUGCGGAUAGCUUCAACAGCAUUCUCGUCUAAUCUUAAGCUAAGUCACCAGCAGUGCUUGUUCAUGCUGGAUUUGUUCCGGUGGCUAGCUCUUUUCCUGUACGCCGCCCUGCAUGGGCAUCUGUCUGUGGUUGGGGCUGUUCGUGCAACGCUCACCCCGUCUACGUUGCCUGGCAGGGAAGCAGCAGCGUUUCUAAUGAGUCUCAGUGAGACCCUUGGAUUUGCUGCUGGGACAGCCCUCUCGUUCGCUGUUCCAACGACAUCCAUGCCACUAGAAGGGUGGACACAAGCGGCUGCCGCCACUGCGCCCCAUCUAGCGUGA